AUGUCAUCUGUUUCUGAAAAUGGAGAUGCCCCUGCUGGAAAACAAAAUGAGGAGAAAACAUAUAAAAAGACCGCAUCAUCUGCUAUUAAAGGAACUAUUCAGCUGGGAAUAGGAUACACAGUAGGUAACCUCACCUCUAAGCCAGACAGAGAUGUACUUAUGCAAGACUUCUAUGUAGUGGAAAGUGUAUUUCUACCCAGUGAAGGAAGCAAUUUGACCCCUGCUCAUCAUUACCCCGACUUCAGAUUUAAGACAUAUGCUCCUCUAGCUUUCCGUUACUUCAGAGAACUUUUUGGUAUCAAACCUGAUGAUUACUUGUAUUCAAUCUGCAGUGAGCCUUUAAUAGAAUUAUCCAACCCGGGUGCCAGUGGGUCUUUAUUUUUUGUAACUAGUGAUGAUGAGUUCAUCAUCAAAACAGUUCAACACAAAGAGGCUGAGUUUCUUCAGAAGCUGUUACCAGGUUACUACAUGAAUUUGAACCAGAAUCCAAGGACACUCUUACCAAAAUUUUAUGGACUAUACUGUGUUCAGUCGGGGGGCAUUAACAUCAGAAUCGUUGUGAUGAACAAUGUUUUGCCUCGGGCAAUGAAAAUGCAUUUCACAUAUGACUUGAAAGGCUCUACUUAUAAACGGAGAGCAUCAAGAAAAGAAAGGGAGAAGUCCAACCCCACAUUUAAAGACUUGGAUUUUUUGCAAGAGAUGCAUGAAGGACUGUAUUUUGACUCAGAAACGUACAGCGCACUGAUGAAAACACUACAGAGGGAUUGCCGAGUGCUGGAAAGCUUUAAAAUCAUGGAUUAUAGUCUGCUGCUGGGGAUCCAUGUAUUGGACAGUAUCACAAAAGAGAAGGAUGGGGAGAGUUCCCAGAAUGCAUCUGAUGCCAAACGUCAUGGGGGACAGAAAGUUCUCUAUUCUACAGCUAUGGAAUCCAUACAGGGUCCUGGAAAGUCUGGGGAAUCUGUCAUCACAGAAGCUACAAAUACAAUGGGAGGCAUUCCAGCUAAAAGCCAUAAAGGAGAGAAGCUGCUUCUAUUUAUGGGUAUUAUUGAUAUCCUACAGUCUUACAGGUUAAUGAAGAAGCUAGAACAUUCCUGGAAAGCACUUGUUUAUGAUGGGGACACUGUUUCAGUCCACAGACCAAGUUUUUAUGCAGACAGGUUUUUAAAGUUCAUGAGUUCGAGGGUUUUCAAAAAAGUUCAAGCUCUAAAGUCCUCUCCUUCCAAGAGACGAUGCAGUUCCAUUGUAGCCCUAAAGGCAACAUCACAAGAAAUUGUGUCUGCUGUUAGCCAAGAUUGGAAGGAUGAAAAGCAUGACAUGCUUACUGAAGGACAAAGCUUUUCCAGCCUUGAUGAAGAAGUAUUAAGCUCACGGCACCGUCCGGAUUUAGUGCCAAGCACUCCAUCUCUAUUUGAAGCAGCUUCCUUAGCAACCACUAUUUCUUCUUCUUCUUUGUAUGUAGAUGAACAAUAUCAACGUGAUGGAACUCUGCUUUAUUCCAGCAGUAAAGGGUUACCUUCGAGUUCAACGUUCACCCUAGAAGACAGUGCCAUCUACUUGACUUCAGAACAGAGCACACUGGAAAUGGAAAAUGAUAAUGCUUCAGUUUUGGAUGUCUAUUUAAAUCGUAAGGGAAGUGCAGUAGAUCUAAUAUUCUUGGACUUCAGCAAAGCAUUUGUCACAGUACCACAGAGGAAAUUAUUUAGUGAAAUUAGGGAAGAGGCAGAUCAGUACAAGCAUUUCAUCGACUAUGGAUUAAAACAAUGCAACAGAGAUACAAAUGGCCUAAAAUGGAACAAUUCAAGGCUAUUUGAUCUAGACUUUGCUGACAACAUCGCUCUUAUCAGUGAAGAUGCCAACGGACUACAAAAAUGCACAAACCAACUAAAAGAAGUAAUGGAGAAGAUAGGGACAGAAAUCAAAAUUGAAGAAGAGAAACUCGAGAAGGUGGACAAUUUUACAUAUCUUGGAAGUACCAUGAGCCAAGAUGGCACUAGUUCCGAGGAAAUAAAAAGAAUCGGGAAGGCAAAGGCUGAAUUUGGAAGACUCAAAAACAUCUCCCUCAAGACAAAACUGAAUGUGUACAAAGCAAUUGUUAUCGCCAUCACAACAUAUAGCACAUAUAGAUACUUUCACAGCGAGUUAGAACCAGAAAAUGCAGAGGAAGGGAACAACUGA